UGCUCUUCUCCAGCCCGAGGCCACAAAUUCCCGCCAGACGGACGCUGGCUCCGCAAUUGAAUUGUUGAAGCUCUUCUCUGCGAGAUUGUCUCUCUUGUCAUACCUUCCAGGGUCUGCAUUGAUUUUUGUCCAGCUGACUGCCAUGGUGGUCCCGGUACUUCCCCGGUUGUGCCCUUGCAGGACCCUCGACAACUCACGGUUCUAAGUCCGAUCGCCCUGCAGCCAUGACCCGUGCUCCUGCCUCGACUGCCCCCGCCCCAGGUCGUGUCUCCCUCCAAGGAUUAUCCGCACGCUCACGUAUAUAAGCCCGCCGAUCCGUCCCUCAGUUCUCAUCCUCCCAACACACUCUCUACCGGACCACCAACCGACUUCGGCAAUGUUCCCCGCAGCGGCUCUCGUCUCCCUCACCCUCGCCGCGAUAGCGCGUGCCCAGCAGGUCGGCAACCUGACCGCUGAGACGCACCCGUCGCUCUCCUGGCAGGAGUGCACGUCCAGCGGCUGCACCGACCACUCCGCGGCGAUCACGAUCGACGCGAACUGGCGCUGGCUGCACACCGUUGAGGGCUACGACAACUGCUACACCGGCAACGAGUGGGACGAGUCUGUCUGCACCGACGGCGCGACCUGCGCGUCCAGCUGCGCCCUCGACGGCGCGGACUACUCUGGCACCUACGGCAUCACGACUAGCGGCGACGCGCUCAGCCUCAAGUUCGUCACCUCGGGCCAGCAGAAGAACAUCGGCUCGCGCACGUACCUCAUGAACGGCGAGGACAAGUACCAGAUGUUCAAGCUCAAGAACAAGGAGUUCACCUUCACCGUCGACAUGUCGACGCUUCCUUGCGGUCUUAACGGCGCGCUCUACUUCGUCGAGAUGGACGAGGAUGGCGGCGUGUCCAAGUACCCGACCAACAAGGCGGGCGCUAAGUACGGCACGGGCUACUGCGACUCGCAGUGCCCGCACGACAUCAAGUUCAUCAACGGCGAGGCGAACUCCGAGGGCUGGGCUGGGUCGGACAACGACCCCAACGCCGGCACAGGCACGUACGGCUCCUGCUGCUCUGAGAUGGAUAUCUGGGAGGCCAACUCCCAGGCUGCGGCCUACACCCCGCACGUCUGCACCGUUGAGGGCCAGACCCGCUGCGAGGGCACCGACUGCGGUGACGACGACGACCGCUACUCGGGUGUCUGCGACAAGGACGGCUGCGACUUCAACAGCUACCGCAUGGGCGACACCACCUUCCUCGGCGAGGGCCUCACCAUCGACACCACCCAGCCGAUCACCGUCGUCACCCAGUUCAUCACCGCGGACAACACGACGUCGGGCGCGCUCUCCGAGAUCCGCCGCCUCUACGUACAGGGCGGCGAGGUCGUCGCGAACUCGGCGACCAAGAUCGAGGGCCUCGACGACUACGACUCGAUCACGGACCAGUUCUGCGCGGACCAGAAGGAGGUGUUCGGCGACCAGAACUACUUUGGCACGCUCGGUGGCCUUGAGGCGAUGGGCGAGUCGCUCGACCGCGGCCACGUCCUCGUCAUGUCCAUCUGGGACGACCACGCCGUCAACAUGCUCUGGCUCGACUCUGACUACCCGCUCGACAAGGACCCGAGCGAGCCGGGUGUCUCCCGUGGCCCGUGCGGCACUGACUCCGGUGUCCCCACUGACGUCGAGGCUCAGAGCCCCGACGCCACCGUCAUCUACUCCGCCAUCAAGUUCGGCGACAUCGGCACCACCUACAGCGCCUAAACGUCGCGCGAGCUUGACUGAAGUGGGCUCUUUAUUCUGUAACAAUAUACCAUGUAUCCUCCCUCUCCUUUGGCUUCUUUUCUUGGCUUGUAAAAGUGGAUCACAUGUACUGGCACCAAAAUACUCUCCCUCCCUUACCUAGAAUCGGCACUAUACCAUUCUCAUGAGUAGAGCUCAGAGUAGACAGAUCGCAAUAAAUGGCUUCGAAAGCAACUUCAUCGCUCGGUUCGACACUCCAUUCCUUCCAAGGAUUCUUGUACCUUUCGCAAGAUAAAAAAACAGGGCCUUCGCAUCGCAGUCCAGGCAACCUUCCUGUGUAACUACGGCUGACUCCGC